AAUCACAGCCGAUCUAGGACAGCCCCCAGAAUCUCUCUCUCUCUCAGUAUCUCUAGCUCACUCUCUCUGCGUGUCUGUCAGUUCCGAGGACGCAGAUCGAGCAGAGAGCCAUGGAGGUGACACCAAACCACACGCAGACCGUCGCCGGAUGGGCCGCCAUGAACGAGUCCGGCAAGCUCGAGCCCUUCAUCUUCAAGAGAAGGGAGAACGGCGUGGACGACGUGACGAUCAAGGUGGAGUACUGCGGCAUGUGCCACACGGACCUGCACUUCAUCCAAAACGACUGGGGCAUCACCAUGUACCCACUGGUGCCAGGCCACGAGAUCACGGGCGUGGUCACCAAGGUGGGCAGCAACGUGACCGGCUUCGGCGUCGGCGACCGUGUCGGCGUGGGCUGCAUCGCCGCCUCCUGCCUCGACUGCGACCACUGCCGCCGGUCCGAGGAGAACUACUGCGACAAGGUGACGCUCACCUACAACGGCGUCUUCCCGGACGGCAGCGUCACCUACGGCGGCUACUCGAAGAUGCUCGUGGCGCACAAGCGGUUCGUGGUGCGCGUUCCGGACACGCUCCCGCUCGACGCCGCGGCGCCGCUGCUGUGCGCGGGGAUCACCGUGUACAGCCCCAUGAAGCACCACGGCAUGCUGCGAUCCGCCGGGGCGAGCCUGGGCGUGGUAGGGCUGGGUGGACUCGGCCAUGUCGCCGUCAAGUUCGCCAAGGCGUUCGGUCUCCGCGUCACCGUCGUCAGCACGUCGCCGGCGAAGGAGAAGGAGGCGAGGGAGCGGCUUGGCGCCGACGACUUCGUCGUCAGCAGCGACCAGAAGCAGAUGCAGGCCAUGGCGAGAAGCCUCGACUACGUCAUCGACACCGUCUCGGCGAAGCAUUCCUUGGGACCUAUCUUGGAGCUGCUCAAGGUGAACGGCAAGCUCGUGCUCGUCGCGGCGCCGGACCAGCCCGUCGAGCUGCCGUCGUUCCCGCUCAUCUUUGGGAAGAGGACGGUGAGUGGGAGCAUGACGGGAGGGAUGAAGGAGACGCAGGAGAUGCUGGACCUGUGUGGACAGCACGGCAUCACCUGUGAUAUCGAGCUCGUCUCCACCGACGGGAUCAAUGACGCGCUCCAGCGCCUCGCAAGCAACGACGUCCGCUACCGCUUCGUCAUCGACAUCGCCGGCGGCGACUCGUCAAACUCGAAGCUCUAGUUUCAAUCGAUCAAUUCGUUGCAGUAUUAUCAAGUACAGUAUAUAUCAACAUCGGUGGCAAUGGCAUGGCUGGUGGUUGAUGAUUGCUCUAUCUAGUGUGCGUCAGUAUCAGCAAUAUGAUCAGUGGUAUAUCACUGGAUCAGACAGGAGAGUAAGUAUGUAAUGGUGGUUGAUGUAGUGUGCGUCAGUAUCAGCAAUAUGACAGUGUUGCUACUACAGAGUUCCUCGAGGAGCCGGAGCUGCUAGGAUCAUUGGGGCUUGUUUAGUUCCGAAAAUUGUUUGGUUUUCGUUACUAUAUUAAUUUUUUAAAGACAUCAAAUUUUACGGCA